AUGGACAAGCCAACCAACAUCCGAAACAUGUCGGUUAUUGCCCACGUCGAUCACGGUAAAUCCACCCUUACCGACUCUUUGGUCUCCAAGGCUGGUAUUAUCGCCUCUGCCAAGGCUGGUGAGAUGCGAUUCACCGAUACCAGACAAGAUGAAAUCGACCGAGGUAUCACUAUCAAAUCCACUGCCAUUUCCAUGUACUUCCCCCUUCUUAAAGAGGAUGUAGAUGACAUCAAGCAAAAGACCGAUGGUAACGAAUUCUUGAUCAACUUGAUCGACUCUCCCGGUCACGUCGAUUUCUCAUCCGAAGUAACUGCUGCUCUCCGAGUAACUGACGGUGCCCUUGUCGUUGUCGACUGUGUUGAAGGUGUAUGUGUGCAAACCGAAACCGUGCUACGACAAUCGUUAGGUGAACGAGUCAAGCCCGUUCUUAUCAUCAACAAGGUUGACCGAGCUCUUCUCGAAUUGCAAGUCUCCAAGGAAGAUCUUUACCAAUCUUUCUGUCGAACCAUUGAAUCCGUCAAUGUGAUCAUUUCCACCUACACCGACCCAGUCCUCGGUGACACCCAGGUCUACCCCGAAAAAGGUACCGUUGCUUUCGGUUCCGGUCUCCACGGUUGGGCUUUCUCCCUCCGACAAUUCGCCGCUCGAUACUCCAAGAAGUUCGGUGUUGACAAGAACAAGCUCAUGCCUAAAUUGUGGGGUGACAACUACUUCAACGCUAAGACCAAGAAAUGGUCUACAUCAGCUGCCGGUGGUGGUGAGAGAGCUUUCAACAUGUUCGUCCUCGACCCUAUCUUCAGACUCUUCGACUCCAUCAUGAACUACAAGAAGGAGGAGAUCCCAACCCUUCUUGAGAAACUCGAAAUCAAGCUCCUUGGUGAUGAGAAAGACCUCGAAGGUAAACAACUUCUCAAGACUGUCAUGAAGAAGUUCUUGCCUGCUGGUGACUCCCUCUUGGAAAUGAUUGUUAUCAACCUUCCUUCCCCCGUUACCGCUCAAAAAUACAGAGUUGAGACCCUUUACGAAGGUCCUAUGGAUGAUGAAUCCGCUAUCGCUAUCCGAGACUGUGACCCCAAGGGUCCUUUGAUGGUCUACGUCUCCAAGAUGGUGCCCACCUCCGAUAAAGGUCGAUUCUACGCUUUCGGUCGAGUCUUCGCCGGUACCGUCUCUUCCGGUCCUAAAGUCAGAAUCCAAGGUCCUAACUUCGUUCCCGGAAAGAAAGAUGACUCUGUUAUCAAAUCCAUUCAACGAACCGUUCUUAUGAUGGGUCGAAGUACCGAAGCUAUCGAGGACUGUCCCGCCGGUAACAUCGUUGGUCUUGUCGGUGUCGAUCAAUUCUUGCUCAAAUCCGGUACACUUACCACCUCCGAAACCGCUCACAACAUGAGAGUCAUGAAAUUCUCCGUAUCCCCUGUAGUACAAGUCGCCGUCGAGUGUAAGAACGCUUCUGACUUGCCCAAACUUGUCGAAGGUCUUAAGCGAUUGUCCAAAUCCGACCCUUGUGUCAAGACUUGGAUGGGUGAGAACGGUGAAAUCAUCGUUGCCGGUGCUGGUGAAUUGCACUUGGAAAUCUGUCUUAACGAUCUCGAAAACGAUCACGCCGGUGUCCCUCUCCGAAAGUCCGACCCUGUCGUAGGAUACAGAGAGACCGUCACUGCCGAAUCAUCCAUGAUCGCUCUUUCCAAAUCUCAAAACAAGCACAACAGACUUUACGUCAAGGCUGAACCUCUUGAUGAAGAGCUUACCAAGGAUAUCGAGGAAGGUCGAGUUGCUCCCAGAGAUGACCCCAAGAUCAGAGCUAGAUACCUUGCCGACACCUACGGAUGGGAUGUUACCGAUGCUAGAAAAAUCUGGUGUUUCGGUCCCGAUACCACCGGUCCUAACAUCUUGUUAGAUGGAUCCAAGGGAGUUCAAUACAUGAACGAAAUCAAGGAUUCGUGUGUCGCUGCCUUCCAAUGGGCCACCAAGGAAGGUGGUGUCUGUGAGGAACCAAUGAGAGGUAUCCGAUACAACAUCUUGGACUGUACCCUCCACACCGAUGCUAUCCACAGAGGUGGUGGUCAGAUCAUCCCUACCGCUCGACGAGUAUGUUACGCUGCUCAGCUCCUCGCCAAGCCUGGUCUUCAAGAACCUAUGUUCUUGGUCGAAAUUGCCGUUCCCGAGUCUGCUCAAGGUGGUGUUUACUCAUGUUUGAACGUCCGAAGAGGUCACGUAUUCUCCUCCGAACAAAGAGUUGGUACCCCCAUGUACACCAUGAAGGCCUACCUUCCCGUAGCCGAAUCAUUCGGUUUCAACGCCGAUCUCCGAGCCGCUACCGGUGGACAAGCGUUCCCUCAAGCCGUGUUCGACCACUACGCUCUCCUCAACGGUGACCCCACCGAAGUCGGAUCUAAACUCAACACCCUCGCUGUCUCCAUCCGAACGAGAAAGGGUCUCAAACCUGAUGUACCUCUUUAUGAUCACUACUACGACAAAUUAUAA